AACACACUCGACUCACCCUCACUCGAGUCGGCCCACUGUUCGAAGCGCCAUUUAAAAUCCAUAGCUAAAUGUGUGCGGUUCUAGUUGAGAAUCAAUUGGCUGGCGAGACCAGACGACGCCGAUUGCCGCUAUUCGGUGAGCAGCGGCUGCACGUUCUGCUGCCGUUGGCGCUGCUGCUGGGCAUUUGUAUGCGUGGGGCAUGCGACACGAGUGAAUAUCUGGCUGUAGGCCCACCCAUACCAUGGCCUGACUCGACAAUCGACGAGUGUCACAAUGAGUAUAUGCAGGCGUUUGCCAAUGCCUCGAACACCUAUGUCUUAGAAUACGAGAGAUGCGAACUGACAGCCAAUGAGACACAGAUCGAUCUCACUAUCGACGUGCAGCUGGAACGUGAACAAAUCGAGCUGGGACACGGCGAAUUGUGUGGAAACUUAGAGCUUUGCAAGCAGCGAGAUGACGAUCUCGAGUAUUUGGAGUGCCUCAAGGAUCAUGGCAAGGAGAAUCUGGAUCUGAUAACAACGAUUAAUUAUAAUGCAACUAGCGCUCACACACGCCUGCGCCAGGACUUUGAUGCCGUGCAACAGACGCUGAUGUUGUGCACACUCGAUGCCCAGGUGGCUUAUAUAGGCAGCAUGCGAUUGGCGAAUGAGGAACUGCAAGAGUGUCGCAGAGAUGUGGCCGCAAUGGAAGCAAGGUGAUCGAUCAAUAUACAUAAAUAUAUAUAUGGAAGCAUCAAAACCGAAUAUAGAUAUUAGUAAAGCAUUUUGAAAGAGACUUUCAUCUGUGGU